GCUCCUUUAUAUCACAUUAUAACCAGGACCAUUAGUAUACUUGGAAAUUUGGAAUUACAGCUUUAUGAAAUGCCAUAGCCUUCAUAUAUAUAAUUAACAUAUACCUACUUUGAAAUGUAAACCUUGUGAAAUCAUGUUUUGCUUAGAACUCAGGAAGCGGCCCUGCUGUUCCUGUUGAAGCAGUGAAUAGGAAGGAACAUUGCACGGGUUUCCUGUUCGAGAGGAAAAUACUCAGCUUCCUCUCUUGAGAGGCAAAUAUAUUUGAAUUUGAACGGGGACAUUGGACACAAAAAAAUAUCCUCUGGAGUUGGGAUGUCACAGUGUUCAGUGAGGAUCUUGUUUAGCUAUCUUUGUUCAAGGACUACCUUCGAUUUGGAAGAUCAGCGGAAGCCUCAGGAGGAGCCCUUUUGUGUCUGUUUCCAAGGUCAUGCAUUGACGACGGCUCUGCGAGCCUCCACUCACCCAAUGGGUCAUCCUUACACCAUCGGGGCAAGUGUGUUCGGCCCACUGUACAUGAAUGGCUGGUGUAGCAGGGUCGUGCACCCAUGUCGGAGCCCUGCUGUUUAUGGUCGAUGCCUGUGUACGGUUAAAGAAGAAGGCCACACUAUUUCUAUUUAAACAGUUUUCAAUAAAUAGUGUUAAGCCAUUUCAAUUUGUUUCAAGAAUUUAUUUAAACACAAAACAGUAAGGAGGCACUCAAACAACACUUUUGCACAGCAAACAGUGAUAAUCUUAUCCAACGGCAUUAGGUUUUCAUCCUCACCUUUGUAGGUACCUUAACUUCAGCACACAUCAUACCCACACUUUCCCUGAUAUAAAAGCCCCUAUCUGCCAGCACAAUUUCACCUGGCAACAGUUUGUUGAGGAAACCACUUUGCUCUGUUAGAUGUUUGUCACUAGUGCGCCCACCCCACCCUUCGGAUAUGAUAGCUUGGAAGUCCCGUUUAAUACUUCACUGUGUUAUCAUCACCACUCAGAAAGUUCUCAUUCAUCCGGUACUUCACCAAGCUCCUCCUUCAGCUUGCUGUUCUCCAAAAGACUGUUGAUUACAUUUCGUCUAGAUGUGCAGAGUCCAAAUUCCCGGUCCUGUGCCGGGGAUGGGGGCCGCUGGUCCUGUGCCGGGGAUGGGGGCCGCUGGUCCUGUGCCGGGGAUGGGGGCCGCUGGUCCUGUGCCGGGAAUGGGGGCCGCUGGUCCUGUGCCGGGGAUGGGGGCCGCUGGUCCUGUGCCGGGGAUGGGGGCCGCUGGUCCUGUGCCGGGGAUGGGGGCCGCUGGUCCUGUGCCGGGGAUGGCGGCUGCUGGUCCUGUGCCGGGGAUGGCGGCUGCUGGUCCUGUGCCGGGGAUGGCGGCUGCUGGUCCUGUGCCGGGGAUGGCGGCUGCUGCUCCUGAUGCUCUGCCAGCGGUGGCACUUGCUCCUGGUGCUGGGUUGGCUCUCAGCACCUCCUCCAGGAUGACCUCCAACGGCUCAGAGGAGUUCUUCCAGGCCACCAAUCACGCAGAGCUCACCUUCCGCAAGAUGGAGACCUACCUCCAGCACAAACAGCUCUGCGAUGUCCUCCUGAUCGCAGGAGAUCACAGGAUACCGGCGCACAGACUGGUCCUCAGCUCGGUGUCGGACUACUUUGCCGCCAUGUUCACCAACGACGUGCUGGAGGCCAAACAGGAGGAGAUCAAGAUGGAGGGUGUGGAUCCGGAGGCGCUCCGCUCCCUGGUUCAUUUCGCCUACACUGGUGUACUGGAGCUGAAGGAGGAGACCAUCGAGAGCCUGCUGGCGGCUGCGUGCCUGCUGCAGCUCUCGCAGGUCAUCCAGGUGUGCUGCGGCUUCCUGAUGAAGCAGCUGCACCCGUCCAACUGCCUGGGCAUCCGCUCCUUCGCAGACGCCCAGGGCUGCCUGGACCUGCUGAACGUGGCCCACUGCUACACCACGGAACACUUUCUGGAGGUCAUCCAGAACCAGGAGUUCCUGUUGCUCCCCACAGCGGAGAUCGUCAAGCUGCUGUCCAGCGAUGACAUAAACGUCCCAGAUGAAGAGACCAUCUUCCAGGCCCUGAUGAUGUGGGUGCGCUACGAUGUCCAGAGUCGACAGCAGGACCUGGGGCUGCUGCUGGCCUUCAUCCGUCUGCCUCUGCUGCCCCCUCAGCUCCUGGCAGAUCUGGAGAACAACAAGAUGUUCUCAGAUGACCUGGAGUGCCAGAAGCUGUUGAUGGAGGCCAUGAAGUACCACCUGCUGCCUGAGCGGCGGCCGAUGUUCCAGAGCCCACGCACCAAGCCCAGGAAGUCCACCGUGGGGGCGCUCUACGCUGUGGGGGGCAUGGACGCCUCCAAAGGCUCCACCACCAUAGAGAAGUACGACCUGCGCACCAACACGUGGAUCCAGGUGGGCACCAUGAAUGGCCGGCGGCUACAGUUCGGCGUGGCGGUGAUCGACAACAAGCUGUACGUGGUAGGGGGGCGGGACGGCUUGAAGACCUCCAACAUGGCCGAGUGCUACAACCCCGUCAGCAAGGUGUGGUCCGCCAUGCCCCCCAUGUCCACGCACCGCCACGGCCUUGGCAUCGCAGUGCUGGAGGGGCCCAUGUAUGCGGUGGGGGGCCACGAUGGCUGGAGCUACCUGAACACGGUGGAGCGCUGGGACCCCCAGGCCCGACAGUGGAACUACGUGGCCAGCAUGUCCACGCCCCGCAGCACCGUUGGGGUCACAGCGCUCAACGGGAAGCUGUUCGCCGUGGGCGGUCGUGACGGCAGCUCCUGCCUGCGCUCCAUGGAGUGCUUCGACCCGCACACCAACAAGUGGAGCAUGUGCGCACCCAUGGCCAAGAGGAGGGGCGGGGUGGGCGUGGCCACCUACAACAGCUUCCUGUACGCCGUGGGAGGACACGACGCCCCCGCCUCCACCCACUGCUCCCGUCUGUCUGACUGCGUAGAGAGGUACGACCCCAAGACGGACGUGUGGACCACGGUGGCGUCGCUCAGCGUGCCCCGUGAUGCGGUGGGCGUGGGGUUGCUGGGGGACCGGCUGUACGCGGUGGGGGGGUACGACGGGCAGUCCUACCUCGGCACCGUGGAGUCCUACGACGCACAGAACAAUGAGUGGGCUGAGGAGGUACCCCUCAACAUUGGCCGGGCGGGUGCCUGUGUGGUGGUGGUGAAGCUGCCCUGAGCGCUCUCUCUCGCUCUGUGCUGCUCUCCAUCACCCGGGAAACCAAACACAGAGGGGAAAGAAAGAAAGAAAGAACGUGGACAAAUGAGAAACCCACCCUGACUUUAGGUCCUCUUGAGAACCACAUGUUUUCCACAGACUUUUUUUGGGAAGGGGGAUGAGGAUGAUGAGGACACGGCGGCUCAUACCAGCCCUUGUUUCUAUCGUUACCCACAGAGACUUUGUUUUUUUCUCUCCCCUCGAGAAGAUGGAAUGCACUGCACAUUCUUGACAUUUUCAACCGAUCAAGAAUUUUUUAAACGCUUUGGCUUUGCUUUAGGGAACUUGUGCCAAGCAUUUGUUGUGGUGUCCAUUUGUUGUUGGUUGAUUUCAUGUCGAGUAUGCAUUCCAACAAUGAUACAGAUUACAGUUGUUUUUUUUGGUGUAUGCAAAAAAAACAGGAGAGGUUACCUACAACCCAACAGUAGCAUAAUGUCCCUGCUCUGCCACCAGCAAUAUUUUAGGGUUAAAAAACAAACAAGAUCAUUGUUGUUUUUAAUAAAAAAUAAAAAAACGAAAGUAUAAACUACCGCACAGAUUGUGUUUAACAGUUAUUUCCUUAGUGGUUUUCUUCUAAAUAAGGAUUUCUCUGUUAAGGACAAUGUUUAUGAAGGGUCCACUGUGAAUAAAGAGGGCCAUAUGAGUUUAGCAAAUUCAACCUUGGUAUUGUUGAGAUAGUUUCCAGGAGAGGAGGAGGGCUUUUGCGAUGUUCAACUCUCUGCUGAAUAAUGGGCUAUUGGAAUCAUUGUUUUUUUUGCCUUAAUGUUGUUUUUAUUGAUCCUGUAGUGGAGGAACACCAAAGUCAAUUGCUUGUCAUUGAGGUCUUCUUUCACAUUAAAUGAGACGUUUACAAAAUUGUAAAAAAAUAUUCUCGAACUAUAUCAUAUUGAUAUUUCACAUAACAGUGUACAGGCAUCUGACGACUUGCUAAAACUGCAUCUCUGUUCGCUAGACGUAUGCCUAAAAAACCAGCGCAGUCAGUGACUCAACCUUGUUCUUAAGCUUUGGGCAUGCUAGCCAAUCGAAUGUUUUCAUUUGAACUGUGCAAUGUUAAAGCUUUGUGUUUAAAAAUACAGACAAUUAUAUGCCCUGUUGCUUUUCAAAGCAUCCAAUGGCUUCUGGGUACUGCAGGAACCUCUCUUUGAUUCCUCCUCAGCUACCUAUACAGGAGGCGCCAAAGCAAACAUGUAUUUUAAAAACAUUUUAAAGGUGAUUUUACACUUCAAUGCAGAACAAUAAGACAGCUUUUUCCAAUUUGGUUUAGUAGUUCAUGACACUGGUUGGAAUGUCUUUUUUAAUUUGUUAAUAGUUUUUUGCAGUUCUUUAAGAUGAAUAUAAUAAAACCAAUCGUAAAGAAACUCUUUGUAACAAGAAUUCUAACAUGACUCUGAGGCCAAAUAUUGCUUUUUGAUGUUUUUAUCAUCAUUUUGUACAGCAUGCAGAACUACCAAAUAAAUAACUUCAUUGUAUACCUUA